AUGUCGACACAGGGACGCGAAGCAGAUGUAGUUGAAGACUCUUCCACACCACACAGAGAGACCUUAAUGGCAAACUCUCUUUUACUUAUAACUAACUUGGAAAUUGGAAUAUUUAGUAAGUCAGGGUUGAUCGAACGGAGACAAGGAAAGGACAGAAUUCUAGGCGAACAUAUUUCUCUAAGCAACAACCAUAACAAGAUGCCAGCAAGCUUCAUCCAAUCAACGACAUCAGAAAUAUCAGGCCAGCACAGCACUAGACUGGAUGACUCCUGUGUUCGCGUGAGCCUUGGUUUGAGACUCGGAGCCCAGAUCGUGACAGAAUACGAUGAACUUGGAUACCAUAGCCUUUUUUGUCGUCUAGGUCCUGGAAGACAAGCCAGACAUACGGCUGUCAACGAAUACCUGGUACGAUGUUUUCAAAAGGCUGGUAUCCUGGUUAUAAAAGAACCCAUGGGUUUGAUAGAGGAAGGAGCCUUUAGGCCUGAUGGUUACACUAUCACCCCAUGGGCUCAGGGACGGUCCCUGGCUUGGGACGUUACCUUACCCCACACUAUGGCUGACCGAUAUAUCGGCUACACUUCAGUGGAGGCGGGCACUGCUGCCCUUAAAGCGUCCGAUUUCAAAAAUGAAAAAUACGUUUCAUUAAACAUUUUAAGCAAAAUAUUUCAACCCAUUUGCAUUGAAACGUUCGGACCAACAGAUAAGCACACAUCAUUAUUUAUUAACGAAUUAACAAGAAAAAUAGUUAAUAUAACGGGUGAUCCUAACGAAGGCAAUUAUUUAAAACAAACUCUUUCACUGUUAUUACAAAAAUUUAAUUCCUUUUGCAUUCUGGAUGGAGCUGCUAGAUACCUGACUGUGCGAGACCAGGGACAUAGAUAA